AUGAAUAAAAACCAUCUGUUAGCUAAGGAGAAAGAAGAUGGAGAGAUUAAAAUAAGAAGGCAACAUCAGGAGAGACUGAGGCAACAGGAAAAAGAAGCAGAAAAGCAGCGUGAACGACUGGAGGAACUCCAGGAAGACUUGGAAAGCGCUCUGCGUCAAGGACAGUGCCUGGAACGCUUGCUGGAAUGUAAAGAAGAAGACCUCAUCUCUUUGAAGAAGAAAGAGAGUGAAGCUCAACUGGAAGUGCAGCGACUUCUCAAAGACUGUGAUAUGCUGAAAGAAAAGAUUCAGCAGCAGGAGGAACAUAGGAUGAGAGACGAAAAGCGUCUCAGGGAGAAAGCUAAGAACACAGGAGGAGGCUUUGAGGGAGCACGACAAAUACAUGUUGAUGAUGCUUCUCCAUGGGACUGCUCAGAGGAAUUCCAGCUAGAACAUAUUGCGCUGGAACACGGAGAUGAAAUGAUUGAAGAAGGGAAGCAAGAGAAGUGCACAGGAGGAAUAAUAGGAAGAAAGACACAGGGAGUGAGGAAAAACCCCUGUGAGAAGGCCCGUGAGACAGAGGAAGAAAACACGGAAGAAGUACUUGAACGCCCAGCGGGAAAAGAGCGAGGAUUACGAGAAACAAUGGAAGGGCCUCAAGCACAUUGUGGAAGAUGUUCUUCACGGAGAUAA